AUGGAGAAAUUUACCGUUUUGGCCGGCUACUCCACUGUGCUCAACGCUCGCAAGCGUUUCGGUGAGGUCAAGAAGCGCGUCCGCUCUAUCGUCUUUAGCCCAGACCCAAGCAAGGACGACGCUCACAAAAGCGAGUGCGCCGUCGGCGAGUCUGGUGACAAUUCGACCAGAAUGCCUAUGAAGGGGCACGAAAAAACUGCCAAGUCUGGUACAAAGCGUAAGGGGGCCGGGAUCACUGGAACAGGUGGACCGGCUGCAAAGAAGGGCAAGGUUGGCGCAAAGAAACACUCGGGGGGGACUGGGGCCCUUGGAAUUGCACAACAUCCGGUUCUGGCGAAUGACGAGGGUGUUAUGGGCCGGAGCUUGAAGCAAGAAGCCAGUAACGAUGAGAAGGUUUGA